GCGGCACUCGCGGUGAAGUUAGAAGCUGUCAUCUGUAUUUCUCAUUUAAAAAUCACACAAUUGUCCGCUUUAUAGACUAGCCAUCUCUCCUUAACGCAAGUCAGACAAACGCAAAAGACUAGAUGAAACUGUACGUAAGUGAAGGCAAUCCGCAUUGCCUGAAAGUAUUAGCUGCGUUAGAGCUGACUGGAGUACAAUGUGACGUUCACUAUGUCAAUCACGAAGAGAAAAUUAUGCCCUUCCUCAGCCGUCCAGCCCUGCCAGCCUUGCUCCUGCCCAGCGGAACGCACCUCUUCAGCUCCAAUGCUAUCUGCCAGUACAUAUUUGAAGUGACUGGACAGAAAACCACUGCCCUUUGCAAUCAAUGGCUAGAGUGGGAGGCCGUCGAACUCCAGCCUGCACUACUGCGGGCCCUCCACAUGGCAGUGCUACAGGGAAAGGGAGCAGAGGCAUCCAAGUUCCUGCAGCGGCCCCUCAAUUACUUGGACCAAAGUUUGAGCAAGAAGACCACGCCAUAUUUAACUACGGAAGUUAUCUCCGUCGUUGAUGUCAUUCUGUGGGCCGCACUCUAUCCUGUUUUGUCUGACUCCAAUCUAACAUCAGGUGAGCAUAAGUUUGUGCGGGCCUGGUUUGACCACAUGGUUGGGAUUCAGGCCUGCCAGGCUGCAGCUCAGAAACUGUUGAAGGGAAAAGGCCUGGAGGCCAUGAAGAGCUUCAUGCAGAGGCAGCCAGCUCCAGGGAGCAGCAACCACACUGAGAAUGAGGAAGGGGAGCACUUGGUGUCAGAGGAGGAGAUGGAGUCAGCCACCCUUGUGUGGAGUAAAGGACUGGACAGCAGCACAGUGGUCACAGAAAGACAGCACCCAAUAGUACCUCAGGAGGGGAAGCGUAACAUCCUGCUGACCAGCGCCUUGCCUUACGUCAACAACGUCCCCCACCUGGGCAAUAUCAUUGGCUGUGUCCUCAGCGCCGAUGUCUUCGCCAGGUACGCCCGCCUGCGGGGCUGGAACCUGCUAUUUGUGUGCGGCACCGAUGAGUACGGCACGGCCACCGAGAACAAGGCCAGAGAAGAGGGCCUGACGCCGCAGCAGAUCUGUGACAAGUACAACACCAUUCACACCAGCAUCUACAAGUGGUUCCAGAUCGACUUCGACUUCUUUGGCAGAACCACCACCCAGAAACAGACAGAAAUUGCCCAGAACAUUUUCUGGCGUCUGCAUGAGCGAGGCUUCUUGUUGGAGGACACGGUGGAGCAGCUUCGCUGUGAGAACUGCCAGCGUUUCCUGGCCGAUCGCUUCGUAGAGGGCGUCUGUCCCCACUGCGGCUACCUAGAGGCUCGAGGGGACCAGUGUGACAAGUGUGGGCGGCUCAUCAACGCCGUGGAGCUGAGGAACCCCCAGUGCAAAGUCUGCAGUCAGACUCCUGUCAUCCGCUCAUCCAAACAUCUCUUUCUGGACCUUCCCAAGUUGGAGAACCAGUUGGAGCAGUGGUUGGAGAAGUCAACCAAUUCAGGAGACUGGACAUCCAACGCCAAGCAGAUCACCCGGUCUUGGCUACGAGAUGGACUCAAACCACGCUGCAUCACGAGGGACCUUAAGUGGGGGACACCAGUACCUCACCCUGAAUUCACUGACAAGGUGUUCUAUGUGUGGUUUGACGCCCCUAUCGGCUACCUUUCCAUCACGGCCAAUUACACGGACCAGUGGGAGAAGUGGUGGAAGAAUCCAAAGCAAGUAGAGCUCUAUAACUUCAUGGCCAAGGACAAUGUGCCGUUCCACAGCGUAGUGUUCCCCUGCACCCUGCUGGGCGCUCAAGACAACUACACUCUCGUCAACCACCUUGUCGCCACUGAGUACUUGAAUUAUGAGGACACCAAGUUCUCCAAGAGUCGAGGUGUGGGGGUGUUUGGAGAUAUGGCGAAGGACACGGGCAUUCCCUCCGACGUAUGGAGGUUCUACCUGCUCUAUGUUCGUCCUGAAGGCCAGGACUCAGCCUUCUCUUGGGCCGACAUGGCUCUGAAGAACAACUCUGAGCUGCUCAACAACCUGGGCAACUUCAUCAACAGAGCUGGAAUGUUUGUCAGUAAGUUCUUUGAGGGCUGUGUGCCUGCCAUGGAGCUCCUACAGGAGGACAAGAGGCUCCUGGCCCAGGUGGGUUGGGAGCUACGUCAGUACAUCCAGCUCAUGGACAAAGUCAAAAUACGCGAUGCCCUGAAGCACAUCCUUAACAUAUCUCGUCAUGGGAACCAGUAUAUCCAGAUCAAUGAACCCUGGAGGAAGAUCAAGGGAGGAGAAAUGGACAGGCAGCGUGCAGGCACAGUCACUGGCGUGUCAGUGAAUGUCGCUUGCUUACUGUCAGUGAUGCUGUUGCCCUACAUGCCAGCGGUCAGCCAGACCAUUAGAGACCAACUCAAUGCCCCUCCCUCUUGUGUUGCCACCUUGUUGCUGGGCGAAGGCAGUUUUGUAUGUUGCCUGACCUCCGGCCACCGCAUUGGCACUGUCAGCCCGUUGUUUCAGAAGCUUGAGGCAGACCAGAUUGAGACUUUGAAGAAGAGAUUUGGCGGACAGCAGUCUCAGGUGAUAGCCCAGGAGGCUGCUGCCACCACCAAGCCCACUGCUUCACCAGCUGCACCUGCCACUGCGGAGAAGACGACAGUGGAUAGCGCAGACCCCGAGAAAGCCAAGCAGCUCACACAAGCAGUGGCUGAGCAGGGGGGCACGGUGCGUGCGCUAAAGGCCCAGAAGGCAGAGAAGGCGGUAAUCACAGCAGAGGUGGCGAUACUGCUUGACCUGAAGAAACAGCUGACACUAGCAGAGGGGAAGAGUCCCGAGCCCGCACCCCAGAAGGGCAAGAAGAAGUGAAAGAGGGAGAAAAUGUUAAAAAAAAAACCUGACAGGUUAGUCAGAGUGAGGGAAAGGCCAGAAUUAAAAGUUCUAGGUAGCGGUAAGGGGAAGCAGAUGAUACACUAAGAGACGAGGGUAUUAGCUUAAGGCAAAGCCGUGACAGGAUCUAACACAAUGUGGUAUUGGCACUGAGGACUAAUGAAAUGCUGAAUAGGCCGAUGGGGAAAUGAAAACAGACAAAGAGAGUCAAAUGAAUACAGCUACAGAAUGAAGGGAUUUCUCCAAAUCCUCAAACCAAAAGAAACUGAUUUUAUACUCUCGCUAUGUGAUGAAGUCAGCCUGUGACAUUAGCAUUGGAAGGUGUGUUGCAUAUUGAAGGGUUUGUUUUUAUAUCCCUAGCCCAGGGAACAAUUGUUCUUAUGCCAUUUGCUACAACUCUCCAUUUCAGAUCAAGAAAAUAAACUUCUAAAAUUCAAAUUUAAAGUUCUUUCCCCCCCCCCCUAAUUCCCUCAGUAUUUUCCAUGCACAUUUUCACUUGCAUAUAAUUAAUAUAUAAAAAGGAAAGGAAGUGGGGACUAUUAACUGAAAAUUGCCAAUGGUUUCUUUUUAUUGCAAAUUACAUUGAGGAACAGAUUAAAUGCCGUGUUAAAAUACAUGUAUAUGCAAUCGAUAGAAAAGGCCAUGCAAGUUAUCCUAAAUCACAAUUAAUGUGUAACUAUGAGAAAAAUACAUGGAUAGAGUAUGUUUGUAUAUUACAGUAUGAACUGUUACAGUAUAAGUGGAUAUAAUACAAGACGUUAUAAAAAUAGUAAAUCAGGGUAGAACUAUACACAUGGUAAUACUACCACUAAUUUACAUUUUGAUAGAAAAAGGUCAGCAUGGAAAGUAUAGCCGGGUCCUACUUGCCGUAUCUUAAUACAUACACACACACAAGCAAUGGGUUAUUAAAAAAAAAAAAGAAGAAGAAGAAACUGUCAUUUCACACCCGAAAAUCAUUCUCACAUGGUCACACUGCACUGGGCACUUUCAAAUUAUUCCUGAGGUCCUUAACUCUCCACAAAUUGGGGCAAGCAAUAUCUGUUAGCCAGGUUGCAGCCAUUUAAAGGACAAGUAUUAAUUUAUUGCAAAAUGGUAGGAAGGGUUUGAUAGUGAAAUGCACUCUCAACAUUAAAAAACAAUUUCCUCUGUUCUACGUACAAAUUUGCUAAAUGCUCAGAUGCUAAACCUUGCAAUGCUUUUGAUGCAAGUUGACUGUAGGCGUUCAAGAAAACACCAUAACACAUUUCAUCACAUAGCAUUGCAUGAAUCUUCUUCCAACCUUUCCUUUCUUAAUUUCCCUCACAUGCAGUUUCUCUCUUUACAUUUGCCGCAAUGGCACUGCAACUCCUACUCUCUGUGGCUUUCCUUAGCUUGACUUUCAUUUUUCUUUCCUUCAAUCACUGUCUUUUGCCCCUUCUGUCAUUUCAGAUCUAGUUCAUCAAAAAAAAGCUUUGGUUUCAGUCUUCACCAAAAGAAGCAUUACAUCCAACCAUUUUACACCUUUCCCUACCACUGCUUGUUUCAAUUUUAUAGGACCUGUCCUUAUUUUUC